GAGAAACCUUAUGAAUGUAACCACUGUGGAAAGGCUUUUAGGAGCAAGGGAGAGCUUACUGAACAUCAGAGAACACACACUGGAGAGAAAACCUUAUGAUUGUAACCACUGUGGAAAAGCCUUUAGAAAGAAGGGAGCACUUGUUACCCAUCAGAGAACCCACACUGGAGAGAAACCUUAUGAAUGUAACCAGUGUGGAAAGGGUUUUACAAGCAAGGUAGUUCUUAUUAGACAUGAGACAACCCACACUGGAGAGAAACCCUAUGAAUGUAACUGUGGAAAGUCUUUUAGAUGCAAGAGAGAUCUUACUGUACAUCAGAGAAUGCACACUGGAGAAAAACCUUAUGAAUGUAACCAGUGUGGAAAGGGUUUUACAAGCAAAGUAGCUCUUCUUAGACAUGAGACAAUCCAUACUGGAGAGAAACCUUAUGAAUGUAACCAAUGUGGAAAGGCUUUUAGAAGCAAGGUAGCUCUUAUUAUUCAUCAGAGAAUCCACACUGGCGAGAAACCUUAUGAAUGUAAGCAGUGUGGAAAGGCUUUUAAAUGCAAGGCAGAUCUUACUGUACAUCAGAGAACACACACUGGAGAGAAGCCUUAUGAUUGUAACCACUGUGGAAAGGCUUUUAGAUACAAGCGAGAUCUUACUGUACAUCAGAGAACACACACUGGAGAAAAACCUUAUGAGUGUAACCAGUGUGGAAAGGCUUUUAGAAGCAAGAGACAUCUUAAGGUACAUCAGAGAAUACACAGUGGAGAGAAACCUUAUGAUUGUAAGCACUGUGGAAAGGCUUUUAGAAGCAAGAGAUAUCUUACUGUACAUCAGAAAAGACACAAUAGGGAGAAGCCUUAUGAAUGUAUCCAAUGUGGAGAGACUUAUAUGUUCAAGAGAAGUCUUUAUGGACAUCAGACAAUCCACUCUGGAAGGAAAUCUUAUGAGUUGGUGACAUUCAGGGAUGUGGCUGUGGACUUCACCCAGGAGGAAUGGGGCCUCUUGGAUCCUCCCCAGAAGGAGUUGUACAAGGAGGUCAUGUUGGAGAAUGCCCGGAACCUGCUGUCUCUGGGGCUUCCGGUUCUCAGAGAAGAUGUGAUUUCUUAUUUUAAGCAAGGACAAGUACCCUGGAUGCUGGACCAAGAAGGCCUGAGGAGCUGCUUUCCAGAGCAAGAGAUCAGCAUUGAAAUGAAGGAUACUACUGAGGAGAAAAACCUUUCUGUGGUAGAACCUCUCAGGCCACCAUGCAAAAAUCCCUGCGACUUCACUUGGAGAGAAAUCUGUGUUACACAAGAAAAAAUUCAAACUGGCAAGAAACCUUAUGAAUGUAACCAGUGUAGAAAGGGUUAUAGAAGCAAGGGACAUCUUAUUAGACAAGACAUAAUCCACAAUGGAGAGAAACCUUAUGAUUGCAACCACUGUGGAAAGGCUUUUAUUCAAAAAGGACCGUUUUAUUAUCCUUAAGAAAACCCACAUUGAGAAAACAACUUAUGAAUGUAACCAAUGUGGAAACUUUUAGAUUCCAGAGAAGGCUUUAUGGACAUCAGAAAGUCCACACUGGAGGAAAAUCUUAUGUAAAUAAUGAAUAUGGAAAGGGUUUUGUAGAAAAAUCUGAUUGGUUCUUGCCAGAUUUGUGAAGAAAUGUAAAGGUGUUAAAGUAAGGAGGAAAAUGAAUUUGGUAGAGAACACUGGGAGGGAUCAGUCUACAGAAGUCAGCCAGAUCCCUUGUAUGAGAAGGUCUUUCUUCUCAUGACUCAUAAGGCUUUAUGCUUCUAAACUGAAUUGUUCAAUAUAACUGCUCCAAUAGCUUUGGAGUCAGCAACCAUCGGUUAUUUGAUUUGGUUUUGUUUUUCUGUAGGUGAUCUCUGAAACCUUUAUUUUGUACUUUCAGUUUUCUCUGUUUAGGAGUUCUGCUCAUUUCUCUUGAAUUGUUUUCUUCAUCCUUAAGUCCAUUUUCUCUCCAGUUGUGUGUUUCUGGGAGAUCCAUGAUCCUUAGGGUUGCUGUCUUAGAAUAAAAUGCACUUUAUUACAGCAAGGAGCCAAUUUUUUUGAAUGUUCUUGUUUUUUACUUCACUUCUUCUAAGCUUCCCUUUCCUUUUGGAGUAUUUCCAGUCCCUCAUUAUUCUCUUUCUUUUUCUCUUCUUUCAGGAGGUUUGCCAUGGCAGAUUCUAAGAUUUCUAUUCCCUUGGCCUAGCUGUUUUUUAAAUGUUUCAUAUUUAGAAGAUGCCAUAAAUAUGUCUUUUGCCUCUAGUUUCCUCAGAGAUUAAUUCAUCUCUUCUGCUCUCAUCUCAAUCUACAUUUCUUCAUUCCCCCUUUCUCUUUACAUCCUCUUGUACAUUCCCCUUCUUCUCUUGCCCUUUAGCUAGUCCAGUUCAUUGGUUUUUAGACUUCCUCCAUUUUUCUUCCCCUUUCCCAUAAGGAUUGCUCUUCUCCUCACUCUCCCACUUCCCUUUCUACCUUGCCUAGAUUCUCAUGCUCUGAUCCAUAGCCCCUUUUUUCCUGUGCUCUCUCUCUUUUCCCUGUACACUUCCUACAGUCAAAGCUCCCAAGAUGACUUUCUCAGCUCUUCCAUGUAGGUCAUUUCUGCCAUUGAUUCUAAGCCAGUCCCACAGAUUCCUCCUUUCCAUGGUGCUUCCUUUCAGAAUACUGUGUGGGUCACUGCAGGGUCAGAGGGAACACUGCUCCAUUUUGGGGAACUUUGUCCCCUGAUAUUUACCAUCUCUUUCUUCUUUUGAUUUUCUUUAGCAUUCUCCUAGUAAUCACAACCCUGUCUCCAUGCUCUCCUGCUCCUCCCAGUGCUAGUUCCCCUCACGAGUGACAGCUCCCCUUAACUCAAAGUAGCCUUUUCAGGCACUUAACCCCCAAGCCUCAGGCUGAGGUCCCUUGUCUCUUAUACGAAUAUCCACCAAUCCUGCAAAGUCUGGCCCCUUCCUCUCUCCACCUUCUCAAUCUUUCCAAUUUCCUGCCUGACCCCUCAGGUGGUCUUUUCUUUCCAAGUCCAUGGAUCUCAAUCCCCCAUUUUCUUGAUUGUUCUCCAGCCUUUGACAUUCCUGAUGACUCUCUCUCCUCCAGGGUCCUCUCUUCUCAUAGUUUUUAGAACUCUGCUCUCUCCUGCCUUUUCCCCUUCCUAUCUGACCACUUCUCUGUCUUCUUAUUGGAACUCAGGCCCCUCUUUACCACAGAAUGCCACCUUUUUGUCCCUUAUUGUUAAGCUCCCCUCUGCAGGCUAGGUCAUCCUGGGCCCCAUCUCAGCUCCAGUGCUCUCUGGAACCCAUUGUUUUGUUCCUUGCCCUUAUCUCCUUGGUUUGCAUUGGUAUGUUAUUAUUCCAAAGUCAGUCAGUUACAGGGCAUGAGAAGGUCUUUCUCCUCAACUGGUAGGACUUUGUAUUAAAGGUGACUACUAGCAGCCUGGUAGUUUGUAGCCAUGGGUUUGGUUUGGGGAUCCCAGAUUUGAUGUUUGGAGGAACAAUGUGGGUGAGCUGGGGCUUCCUUCCAUUGCAUUUUCAUUUUCUUGUCCAGAAGUGACCAGUUCUCUUUGGCCAGUUCCUUCCUGAGCCUGUCCAUUAUUUUUAACCAGUGUCCUUCCCUGAGAGCUCCCAUCCUUUGCUUUUCUAUGUCCCUGGUGUGUAUUUCCCUUCAGUACACUUCCUUCAGCAAGGGAAGAUUUUUCAACUGUUAAUUCUUUAUUUCAUUUUCUCUGGGCUCUCAUUCAUUUUUGUAUAUUUUUAUUUCCUCUCUAUUCUCUCUUCUCUUUCUUUGGGAAGAGUUACCAUGUCAGAAUUUCAGUAUUCUAUCCCUGCAUCUUGGCAAUGAUCAAAAGAAAUCCAGAGGCCCAAGAAAUAUGGAAAGAGGUCUGGCUGGGAAGGAGCCUCUUGAUUAAGGGAUUUGUGGAGAGCCCAAUCAGAAAAGUCCCAAAGGAGGAGAGCCAGUGAAUAAUGAGGAGGUAGCUGAGCUUUCUCUUUAAGAAAAGGUUGGGAGUGCAUUAACACCCCUCAUGUGGGUAAAGAGGGGCUGUGGGAGGCUUGUUGAAGGAAAGAUUUACAAUGUCUUCUCUUGGGUGUGAGUUAAGGAAUCAAUCAGAGAUGAGUCUUCCAUCAGGACUUCCUUCCUUUACUGAAAACUUACCCUAUGGAUAAGAAGUUCUCCCUCGAGAAAAAGAAAGAUUCACCAAUCCAUGGCAAUCUCAAAAACUUCCUGUUGUUCAAAAGGGAACAAAUACAGAAAAGUAAAGCUGAAAUGUGCAUUACACAGAGACCAUGAGGAGGUCAGGAUAGCCCUUCCUAGUUAGAACCAAAAAUGUCCCAAGUUCACAAAGGCCAUUCUCCUUACCAAAAGGUAACUUAUUUAGGAAAACAGGUUAUAAAGAAAAUGGAAAGAAAAUAAGAACCAGCAAGGAGAAAUAUGAAAUAGUGCUGAAAGGGCAAUAGGGUUACUCAAGAAAAGAAUUGGGAAGACCCCAUUAAAGGAACAUAACAGCUACACUGAAUGGCAGCCUAGAAGCAUAAAGGAGUUUAGCAAACUGACCAGUUAGUUAUAGUUAGCUCUGCUUUAUAUAUAGUAUAUAGAACUGUAAUGAGCCAGAACUCUGGAGAAGCAUAAUUGAAACAAGGUGUUAACUCAGAGCAAUAGGUAAGACAAUGGUUACCUAGUUUAGCUGUGAGUUCCCUAGUUCAGUACAUGUACUUAGUACUUAACAUAGUUCUACAAGAUUGACAACUACAAUGAUGUAAUUAUAAUAGAAUACAUAAGAGCCAACAAGGACAGGAGGAGAGACAUUCAUUCCCUCUCCCACCUCUGUGGUGGCUGACCUCCCUCCUCUUCCCUCUGCCUCUAAUUUAUCUCAUUCCCAAUCCCCAACACCUAUGUCACCAAAGGCUUUCCUGCUACUCCUUCAGAUGCUGUGAUCCACAGCAAUGGAGGCUCUUGGGGAAUUAUCUGUCCCCCAACAAUUCCCCAAUGUUUGUUUGCCGCAUUCCCUUUGUCCAUCAGAGAGAGAAGAAAAAACAGGCUACCAGGGAGGUGGGAGAUGGAAUGAAUGAAUGUCUCUCCUCCUGUCCUAAUGUUCCUGAUCAUGGUCAUUUGAAAUCACUGAGAAAGGGUUGUUUUCCUUUCUCAUAUGCACAUAUGCUUGUUUUCCAAGGGAGAAUUUACCACUUAACAAAGCACUGACACAUUUUUUAGUCAAAUCCCUUAGAUCAUUGUCUCAAUUCUUCAAGGAGUUUUUGAACUUCUAAAAGGGAAGGGUGCAAUAGCAUGCUCUUUCCUUCCAUGCCAUAGAAUGAUUAACUCUAUUUUCUGGGAUGAGACCCAUAUUCUUGUGUAUGUGUGAUUUCCUGCAAUUUUUAAAAAUUGGGUUUAUUAAAGAAUAUACAGGGGCAUGUGAUAAUAAAUUAAAAAAAACAAAUAAGCAGUGAUUAUUUGAUAGAAGAAAAGGAUUAGAACAAAAUUAUAUAUACCUCAGAUAAAAUAAUUAAAAACCUCAACAGGAUUAGUAUUCAAAUAAGGUAUCAGGAAAAAAAUGCAUGUGAUAACUUGAUAGUGCAGAAAAUGAAUGAAAAAGGGAAAAAUUGAGAAAAUUGAGAAUGGAGAUAAUUCAUCAGAUAUUAUAGGCAGAGGCUGCCUAUUCAUGGGGUGUAAUAUUCAGUCAAGGCUGCUGGGAUUUGGGUCAAGUCACUCAACCUUCUGAGCUGAAGACCCGAGUUGUGCCCAUUGUGUGACUGAAAAUACUUUCUGUAUUGUCCCAGGUUUACUGUGAGAAUCCAAUGAUUUUGUGCAUGAAGCUCAUUAGAAAUCAAAUCUUUGGGGCAGCUCAGUGGUGCAGUGGAUAAAGCACCAGCCAUGAAGGCAGGAG